UUUAGAUCCCGCAACCAAGAACUCAUAUUCAACGUUCACCCGGUUCUCAUGGUGAUCGGGUUCAUUGUCAGUUCCGGCCAUGCUAUUGUGGUUUUUAAGAUUUUACCGGCUAGAAGGAAGGCACAGAAGGCAGUUCAUUUGUUGUUGCAUUUGGUUGCUCUUCUUGCUGGGGUGGUGGGUGUCUAUGUUGCUUUCAAAUUUAAGAGAGAGUCCGGUUUGAAAGAUAUGUCUUCCUUGCAUUCAUGGUUUGGCAUGGCCACCAUUUGCCUGUACGGGCUCCAGUGGCUUUUGGCGUUCUUGUUUUUCUGGUUUCCUGGAGCUGCCAUGUACACAAGAGCCAGAAUUGUGCCUUGGCAUGUCUUUGCCGGACUGGUUAUCUUCUUGAUGGCUAUUUGUGCAGCCGAGUUGGGGAUAUUGGAGAAGUUGACAUUCCUUGAGAGGGCAAAGGCAGUGAGAAUUUUUGGUGAGGAAGCAUUACUGGUGAACUUCAUGGGAAUCGCCAUCCUCUUCUUUGCUAUUGCUGUUGGGCUCUGUCUAUUCCUCUAAACCUAUUUCUACUGUUAAGGAUUUAUAAAGCUUUCAAUGUGAUUAAAAAGAACAUUCAUGUAAUUCUCAUGUUUCAAGUAUUCAGUUUCUACUUAUUAUUAUCUUUAUUCUUCACAUUUUUGGAAUAGAGAUGGCUUUUGGGUUUCUCCUUCAUGUUACUUUGAAUUGUUUUAGUAGCAAUAUCGUUCGGCUAAAGGUGGUAGUAACUUGGGUCUACUCCAAACAAACAAAGCUAAAGGAACGGGUCAAAGAAAAUGAAUUACCACAAAUAUUUGAAAUAUAAUUG